GGAAGGAUUUUACUGCAACCCUAUCCGGAGAAACGCAGUUACACGCAUGCGCCAGGUUAAACACGCGGGCACAAGUUAGAGGCGUUCCUGUCGCGGAGAUAUUUAGCGUUAUAUGUUUAAGUCACUAUACUUUCCUUAUCUGUUCUGAAAUAUGAACGUUUUGAGUGUGGCAGAGAUAUGAGAAGAAAUGCGAUGUGCGACACGCGUAUUUGUACUUUUUUCCUGUCCGAGUCAUAAAUUGGUUCAUCAGCUUCCAGUCAGUCACUGACUGUGGGAUUUUGCGAGCUUGGCUGUUUCGAAGUUUUUGCAGGAAUGAUGUCCAGUCUUGCAGCCAAGUACGACUACCUGGACAAGCUGACACGCAAAGUGUUCCAUUCUGAGACUGAAGAGCCUAAAAAGAGAGCCUACGUUCCAUAUCAAGGUGGUCGUGAUGGGGUAGAUAGUCUCCCCAAAAAGAAGCAAAAGAAGAAACAGAAGCCUACCAAAGGAAAUAAUAACACAAAUGACAAGAAGCCAACUCCAAAGACCAUUCAGAAAAUGGCACAGAAACAGGCCAGUACAGCUGUACAGAAUGCUACCCAGGUCAGAAUUCAAAAUGGGAGUCGGGUGCACAUGCAGCAGAGGACUGAAGCAAGGUCUGAGGGGGAAUUUAAUGCAGUCGAUAUUUUGAGGAGAAGACUUCACCAGAAGAUUGAGGCGUCUCGUGGACAGGGCCCUCCCAAAGAUCCCUCCUCUGAGGAGGUGCAGAAAAGACGAGCAAAACGCAAGCAGGAGAGAGAGCGCAAAAAAAGGAAAAGGAAAGAAUUCCUUAUAAAGAAGUUGGCACAGAGUGCUUCCACUGAAGCAGAAGAUGAAAGUAAAGUGCUGGAAGCGCCCACAUCUCCAGACACUUCUACGGCAACCAGACCUGCCAAAAAGGGCACAAGCACAAUAGUCUUCAACAAGGUAGAUGUUGGGGAGGAGUAUGUGGACAAAGGGACUAAACUAAAGGAGAAGAAAAGGAAGGUGAAAGGAACCCUCACUCCACUUACAGGGAGGAAUUACAAACAGCUUUUGUCUCGGGUAGAGGCCAGGAAGGCUCGUCUUGAGGAGCUGAGAGAGAAGGAUGAGGAGAAGGCCAGGAAGGAGGAAGAGAAGAUGAGAUGGACCAAUAUUCUCUACAAGGCUGAGGGCAUGAAGAUCAAAGACAAUGAAGAGCUUCUACGUGCUUCUUUGAAAAGGAAAGAGAAGAGGAAGGCUCAGAGGAAGAAAAAGUGGAUGGAGCGGAGCCAGCAUGUGGUGGAAAAGAUGCAACAGAGACAGGACAAGCGAUGUAGGAACAUCCAGAAACGCAAACAGAGCAAGAUUGAGAAGCGUAAACAGAGGGCCAGGAAGAAGGGUAGAGUAAUGCCUGAGGAUUUAAAGAAGGCUGCUGUAUAGAGAAAAAAGGAAAAAAAGAAAUGGAGAGCCAGAAGGACAGCAAAGAACGAAAAUGAAUUGUAAAGAACAUCUGAAUAAAGAGAAUGACAAUUUUAUGCUUGGUCGGAAGCCAAAUCCUAUUUGUCAAAAAAGAUGUAUUCUGAGUAGUCCAUGAAUCUGACUUUUCUACCAUGUUGAGCCAAGACCCUACGUAAAUAUAUAUAGGCAACCAAUAGGCUGAAAAGAAGUGGUUGAAUAAAUGUUUUAAUGAUUAAGAUUUUUGAACCAUCAUUCAGGGUGGUUUGAUGUGGAAAAGCUCCAUUCUAGAAAAGCCUACUGAGUCAGAAUUGUUCAUUUGUGGGACUGUGGAAAUCAGAUGUCUGAUGUGUUUAAAGGCUGCCUUAUAGAAAGCUAUUAAAGGAGGCACUGAUUUCGGACAA